AUGUAUGCAAACCUAACUAACGGAGGCACGGUUUGCUUGUUCGGACUUUAUCUUUUUUGUGAUUCCUUGCUUUUUCUUCUUUCCCUUUCUAAAGUUGUUACAUCACGGUCGUAUUUUUUGGAUUGUUCUUCGGGGUGGUUUAAAGAUCGGCUUUUAUUCCCUCCUCUUCCUCCCCUCUCUCUUUCCCGUUUUCCUUCUUUCUCUGCUUUUUGUUCGCUCGCCGCGUGCAAGACAUUGACAAGAAGAACAGCCAUGGUGUCUACGCAAUUAAGUCUUUUCCUCGUCGCCAACGCCGCAGCAGCAGCGUUGGCGAGUCCUAUUGCUGCUGCUGCUUCUGGCAACUUUCUGCAUAAGAAGACGGUCGAGGCUGGGCGUUUGGGCGCCGUUGCGUCCGAAAGCGACAUCUGCAGCGCUGUUGGGGCGGAGUUGUUGAAAGAUGGUGGGAAUGCAGCGGAUGCGAUGGUGGGGACGGUCGCUUGUGUGGGCGUCGUUGGCAUGUAUCACUCUGGUAUUGGAGGCGGAGGAUUCAUGAUCGUUCGAUCGGCGAAUGGGUCGUAUGAGUUUAUUGACUUCCGCGAGAGCGCGCCUGCUGCUGCGUUCGAGAAUAUGUAUAAGAACAACGUGCAAGCGAGUAUCACGGGGGGUCUUGCAUCCGGUGUGCCCGGCGAACUGCGAGGUCUCCAGCGUCUGCACGAGAGAUAUGGGAGUUUGAGUUGGUCUGAGGUUCUUACGCCCGCGGUCAAGAUUGCAAGAGAAGGGUGGGAGGUCAAUCAGGAUCUCGUCGAUUACAUGGUUUCGGCGACUGGGAGCGACAACUUCCUUGUCAACGAUUACGAGUGGGCUUUGGAUUUUGCUCCGCGCGGGAAGCUGUUGGCGUUGAACGAGACUAUUACGAGGAAGAGGUAUGCGGAUACUCUGGAGACUAUUGCGCAGCUGGGCCCGGAUGCGUUCUAUGAAGGUCCGAUCGCUGAAGCUACGAUCCGAGCUCUGCAAGCCAAAAACGGCACGAUGACUUUGGAGGAUUUGAAGAAUUACACCGUCGCUAUUCGCGAGCCUUCUACCAUUAACUAUAGAGACUACAAACUCACUGCUUGUAGCGCUCCAUCUGGCGGCGAGGUCGCCUUGACUGUUCUCAAAAUCAUGGAAGGCUACGAAAAAGUCGGAGACGCUUCCAAUAUCAACCUCACAACCCACCGUCUUGAUGAAGCCAUGAAAUUCGCAUACGGUAUGCGUUCCAAUCUCGGCGACCCUCUCUUCCUCACCGGCAUCGACGAAUACCAGAACUCCAUGAUCUCCGCAUCCACCGCCGCAGAAGUCCGAUCCAAAAUCAGCGACACGCGCACUUUCAACACCUCCUACUACGACCCUGCUGGUCUAGAAUCUCUAGAAACCCCAGGAACCUCACACAUUGUAACAGCCGAUCACACGGGCCUCUCCAUCAGUCUGACCACGACUGUCAACCUCCUCUUCGGCUCGCGCCUCGUAGUCCCUGAAACAGGCGUCAUCAUGAACAACGAAAUGAACGACUUCUCCAUCCCAAACGUCACAAACGCCUUCGGAUAUAUCCCAUCCCCUGCCAACUUUGUCCGUCCUGGAAAACGACCCCUUUCCUCCAUCUCCCCCGUCAUCGUCGAACACCUCAACGCUACUUCCCUCGCCGACGCCUUCUACAUCGCUGUCGGCGCCGCGGGCGGCUCGCGAAUCAUAACCUCUACGAUCCAGAAUCUGAUCAAUAUGUUGGAUCGUGGGGAUGAUGUUAAAACAGCGCUUGCGAGGCCCAGGUUGCAUGAUCAGCUUGUGCCUGAGGUCGUUAGUGUUGAAAGCUCGUUUAACAAUGGCACAGUGGCGUUUUUGAAGGGGUUGGGGAAGAAUGUGACGGUUGCUGCUGCGGGGAGUGCGGCGCAGGGGUUGAGGAGGUUGACUGGGGGGAUGUUUGAGGCUGCUGGGGAGCCUAGACAGGUUAACAGUGGUGGGUUGGCCGUAUCAUUGGAUAUUAAAAGUCGAGCAUUUAGGCUCUUCUCGCGUCGUUGUUGGACUACCUACCAGGUACACUGUAUCUUUUUUCAAGUCACGUCCGAUCACGAAGGUCCGCAGCAACACGCUGAAAUCCACGUACAGGGAAUACAAAGAGAUAGCAAAAGGCGAGACGAGAAAAAGGGGAAAGAUAUGGAAGACGAACGAGCACUCCGCGCUGACUACCCAUGGAUCCGCACACCCCUCGUCAUAGGCGCGCCGAUGCGACUCAUUGCGCUUGCGGAACUGGCGACUGAGAUCUCGAAAGCGGGAGGCAUAGGAUUCAUCGGCGCGGGGACGGACGUGUCUGAUCUCUCCGCACAUCUGACGAAAGCGAAGAAGCUGCUAGAAAACUCCGGUCUAGAAUCUAUAGAGGGGACGUUACCUGUUGGAGUUGACUGGGGAGCAUCCCUCCCCCAAGCCCUCCCAGUCCUCAAAACCUUCAAACCAGCCGCAGCAUGGCUCUUCGCCCCCACAGACCUCUCAUCGCUCUCGACCUGGACAGCCAGCAUCCGCACCGCGUCCCCGCACACCAAGAUCUGGCUGCAAAUUGGCAGCGUCGCAGAAGCGCGCGAGGUGUUUACAUCGAACAUUGCCAUCGACGUCCUUGUUGUCCAGGGCACUGACGCUGGGGGUCAUGGGUUGGCUAGAGGCGCGUCGAUUGUAACCCUCGUCCCUGAAGUUUCGGAUCUCGUUACCGAGGUGAUCAGUAAUGGUAGCAGCAAUGGGGACGUGAAGGAAGUGAGUAAGAAACCGGUAUUGGUGGCCGCAGGCGGGAUCAGCGAACCACGAAGUGCAGCAGCGGCGUUGAUGUUAGGCGCUGCUGGAUUGGUGCUAGGGACGCGGUUCCUCGCGUCGCAUGAAGCGGUUUUGUCAAAAGGGUAUCGCGAUGAAGUGGUGAGGGCUAGUGAUGGGGGACAGACAACUGCGAGGACAAAGGUAUAUGAUCAUGCAAGGGGUACGGUGGGGUGGGCGGACUCUCACAAUGCAAGGGGGAUUUUGAAUCGCACGUUUUGGGAUGAGCAGGAGGGAAAGGUGAGUAGGGAGGAGAAUCGGCGGUUGUAUGAGGUGGAGAUGGGGAAGGGGGAUGAGGGGUGGGGAGUUGAUGGUAGGAUGACUGCAUAUGCAGGGAGUGGAGUUGGGUUGGUCAAGGAGGUGAAGAGCGCGAGGGAUAUUGUCGAGGAGAUCAGAGAGGGGGCUAGAGGAUUGUUGGGUGAUGUGGCGGGUAGAUGGUAG